UGCGUUGGAAAAGUGAGUGAUCUUUUGUGUUGAAGAGCUUUGGCCUUUGGGUCUGUUAAAUCAUGUUUGUUGUUGUAAAUGCUGUUGAAAGGUAGAGGAAAACGUUUGCAGCGCGCUUAGGAGUUUGAUGGCAUAUCUGCUACAGAAGUAGUUUCCGUGCCAGUAAAUUGAAGAGAACUUUUGAUAAUACUGUUAGCAGAAUGUCAAAGGCACCGUGUGAGGUUUCAAGUAAUGUGCCAAGUAACGAGGAAAUUAUAGCGGAAUUAACUAAAGAUCUGGAACAGUGCGCAGUUAAAACGAAUUCUGUGAACGGUGACACGCCUUCUACAGUAGAGCAUGGUAGUGUUGACUCUAUAUUGACUACACCAGUAAAUUGUGAUGGCGCAAUUAUCAGCAGUGUUUCGGACGAGAAAGCGAAAGAAGGCAAGGUAACAGAUGAUGCUUAUAGGUCGGACGAUGAUGAAUCAAUCCUGCACGACGAUUAUGAUACAGUUGAUGAAGAGGCACUUAAAAUCGCAGAAGCUACUUAUUCGGACGAUGAGAAGAAGGAAAGGAAAGAUGAAGCAGAGAAAAUAAAAUUAUCUGCAAAUGAUUUGUUUAAAGAAGGCAAACACAAGGAAGCUGCUUUAAAAUACACUCUCGCCUUACGGACUUGUCCACUAAAGUAUGAGCACGACAGAGCCAUCUUAUACUCCAAUCGAGCAGCAGCAAAAAUUAAAAUGGACUUAAAGAAAGAAGCUGUUGAAGAUUGCAGUAAAGCCAUUGAGCUAAAUCCAACAUACGUGAAAGCACUCUUGCGUAGGGCACAGGCACAGGAGUCACUAGAGAAACUUGAUGAAGCCUUUGAGGAUUACAAAAAAAUACUUGAGAUUGAGCCAAGCCACAAAGAAGCAAAGGCAGCUGUUCAGAGAUUACCAUAUGAGAUAGAACAGAGAAAUGAAAAAUUGAAAACGGAGAUGCUAUCAAAACUGAAGGAUUUGGGUAACAUGAUACUUCGACCAUUCAACCUUUCAACUGAAAAUUUUGAACUCAAGAAAGAUCCAAACUCUGGUGGCUAUUCAGUUAAUUUUAAGCAGAAUCCAAGAUGAAAAGUUGUGAUAAUGAAUGUAAUUUAUUGGCACAUGGACUGUUGUACAAUUUUAACAGUCCUUUCUUGUGACUGCAUCUUUCUGUGAUAUAUUAUAUGAUAUUACAAUAUGCACCAAAAUAAAUAAAAUAUAAUCAUGAUGCUA